AUGACGCGCGCCCAGCAGACCCUCUCGGUGCUCCUGCUCGUCUCUUCCGUGAGUCUUCAUGACCACAAACCCCCAUCUCUUGCGUUAGCUGACCUAGGCGCCUCUCUUUCCCCGCAACAGCUCUAUAUGGUCUUAUACGUGGGCCUCGUCCCCUUGAACGAAACCGUCCAGAAAGAAGUCAUUCCUGUGCUUCCAUUCUACGCCCUGAUAUCCUUUGGAUGCUACUUGCUGGGUCGAUUGGGACUAGCCAUCCUGACCUUCAAUGACGUCCCGGAGGCCCACAAGGAGCUGCAAAAGGAGAUCGAGCAAGCCAAAGCCGAACUGCGCACGCAAAAUGUCGAUGUUGAUUAG